GAGAAAGCAGAGAGUGUGUGUUGUGUUGGUUGAGAGAGAGAGAGGAGGAAUAGAUCCAAAAAUGCAGCUGACCUUUUCAACUUGAAGGUCAGAUCUUGUACUUAGCUAGAGAACAACUGUCACAUCCCAAACUCUGAUCCCUAAGAAAGCAUCAAGCUUUGUCGUUUUGUGCAGCAUUUUUCUGAGCUUGUUUGGUGUUGGAUCAUUUGUCUUAAGAUCAAUGGAGAAGAUGAUAGAGAGGGAGUACAUGUGCAAGUUCUGUAACAAGAAGUUCCCUUCUGGUAAAUCACUUGGAGGUCACAUCAGGAUUCACACCAACCAUUACUCACUUCUUUCAAGUAGCUACAAUAAUGCCAAGAAUCCUAAGAAGAAGAAGAAGAAGAAGAAGAAGAAGAGGUUGGUGGCUAUGAAACAGCAACAACAACUUUGUUGCAGAGAAUGUGGUAAAGCUUUUGAUUCUUUGAAAGCUCUUUGGAAUCACAUGGAUUGUUGUCACUGUGAGGGAGAGAAGUUGGUGAUGGAUAGCCAAUCUGAUACUGAGACUACUUCUUCAGGUCCUACCAGGAAAAGAUCCAAGAAGCAGUUCAGUUCAGAGUCUUUUAGUAAUGGGAGCUCGUCUUCUUCUGCUUGUGAGAUUGACCAAGAACAUAAGAACUCUGUUUUGUCUCUCAUGAUGAUGUCUAUGGAUUCUAGAGGACUUACCUUGGUGGUGAACUCUCUAGUAGCUGAGUCAUCAGAGAACAACUCUGUUGGUGAUGAUAAUGGGGCUAUUCUCUAUGAUUCAUAUAGCUCAGACUCUGAUUACUUCAUGAAUGGUCCAAAGAGGUCAGACUCAGCUAUCUCGGUUGAUGGGUGUCUUAGUAACAAUGGUGAUGAUCUUGCGGUCAAGGAGGGAAGAUCAAAGUAUGAGCUGCGCAAAAGCAAAAGGGUUGUCUUGCCUUGUUAUGAGAGUGAUUCUUGUGCAGUAGACACAAACAGCAAGAUUCAUAGCAAGAAAGCAAUUAGUGCAAACAAGAAUGGCAAAUGUCACGAGUGCCCAUUCUGCUUCAGAGUGUUCAAGUCAGGACAAGCUUUAGGAGGUCACAAGAGAUCACAUUCUUUUGUGAACCAAGAACACAGGGUCAAACACAAAGCUGCUGAUAUGCGAAUCGAUCUCAAUCGUCCUGCUCAUGAUAGUUGAAGAAUGAACCAGAACCUGAAACCACAGCUCAUCCCUUGGUUUUGUUAUAUUCUGGUGUUUGUUCUAGAUUUUCUUAAAGGUAAUUCAAAUGUUUGUUCAUGUAAAGCCUUAUCAGUUAGCCAUUUCUUUGCUUUAGGACUUCGAGUGUUGAUCUGAAGCUUCAUGUCUCUUACUAAGAUUCUUCUUGUCUUCAACAUUUAAAGAUCUUUUGUUUCCCUAGCUUUCACCCUU